UUACUAAAAGUGUGUUUUACUAUAUUUUCACUCAGUAUCUGUUUAUGGGUGCCCACAGGAAGAGUUAUAGUUACAAAUACAUUAAUUAACACUUAUAUCUGCUCACAACUACUGUAUAAUAAGUUAUAAAUCACAUUAUUAAAUGUUUAUAUACUGCUAAAAAUGCAAUAGAGGGUAAAGUGUUGCUGGUAAUGGGAAUCAGAACAUGAAAUAGUAAUCAUGUUUUUUUCAAAUGUUCUUUUUUGCUGCAUGACUUGUUCAUUGAUAUUGAGGGAGUUGAAUCCACGUCAGAGCAGGAAAACCUGCUGCCAAAGCACAUUGUCACUGUUUACCAGUGCACUGGUUGCCCUCUUCCUCCCUGUCACACCCAACUUCAUUACCAUUCUAAGUGGAUAGUGAGUGUAAAAUAGCAGUCAUACAUGAUCAGAUCACUAUUUCACAUCCUGGUGCAAAGGCCAGGGAGUGGGCUCGACCUGCCUGGCCGCUAACAUUACAGCGUUAUCUAAUAACGGGCAUGCAGCCACAGUUCUCUGAAAGUCUGUCAUAGUCCACUUUUGAAAUAUGUAAAAACUAAGCGUGAGUUUCAAGGCACUCUGAGACAUUCUUUAUUGCCGCAUAAAAACUUAGAGGUGAUCUGAGAGCGUGUCAGUCGCUACGUGGGCUAAGCAAAGAGAAGCCGAGAGAGCAGCCGUUCCUCUCUAAACUGAAAAACCAACCCAGUAUUGUAGGCAGCAUGAGAGCCGCAUCUUACACCCAGAAGAGCCUGCAGGUUAGCGGCUCUGGCGGCAGAGUAAGGGUUCAGAGCCCAUCUCCGUCCCGAUGCCGUGGAUCCUCAUACGACAGCCGCGGACGCACUGGUUUCCGUGGCACUGCCGUUGAGCUGGGAACAGAGAUCCACCAGCAACAUGCCAAUGAGAAAGAGGAGAUGCAGGAGCUCAAUGUCAAGUUUGCAGGAUACAUUGGGAAGGUCCAGGCUCUAGAGCAGAGAAAUGCUGCUCUUAAAGCUCAGCUGGCUGAACUGCAGGGCCGCUACAAGGGAGGCCCCGCGGGCAUCGGAGAAGAAUAUGAGCUCAAGUUUAAAGAGGUGCGGGAUCUGAUUGAGGCCCUGACUAAUGAGAAGGGAGCAGCUGAUAUCGAGCGGGGCUACAUUGAGGAAGAGAUUGAGGUGUGGAAACUAAAGCUGGAUGAGGAGCUGGCACUCAAAGAGGAAGCAGAAAUGAUCCUGAGAGAGUUUCGCCAGGAUGUCGACAACGCCACACUGCAGAAGGCUGAGCUGGAGAGGCGUAUAGAACAACUGGUGGCCGAGAUAGAGUUCCUCAAGAAACUGCACGACGAAGAGGUAGAUGACCUCAGGAGGCAGAUUGAGGACGCUAAGAUUACUGCCGAGCUGGACGGAGAUCGACCUGACCUAGCCGCCUACCUGCGCAACAUGCGAGCAGAGAUAGAGGCCGUCGCUGCCCGUAACGUCCAAGAAGCUGAGAAGUGGUACAAGAGCAAGUUUGACACCCUCAAGGAAACUGCUGGCAAACAUGAGGACCAGAUGAAGACCAUGAAAGACGAGAUCACAACCUUCCACAACCAAGUGACAGACCUGCAGAAUCAGAUUGAGGGGCUGAGGGCUCGCAAUGUCGCCCUGGAGCAGCAGCUGGAGGACAUGGAGAUGUCCCACAUGGAUAAGGUGGGGAGCCUUCAGGGUGUCAUUGCUCAGCUGGAGGCUCAGCUCUGCGAAACCAAACUGGAGAUGACCAAGUAUCUCCAAGACUACCAAGAACUGCUACACAUUAAGCUUAAGCUGGAUGCGGAGAUUGCCACCUACAGGAAGCUGCUGGAAGGGGAGGAGCAGAGGCUUGGAAUUGCCAAAGAAGUCUAGAUGUCCAUGGUGAGAAGAGCUGCAGGUCCAGAGCAGAGAAGACCAGCAGAACAUCGUGGAGCGGAGAAUACUCAUAAAAAUAUUCUUUCCCUACCUUAUCCUUCAUAGUCAUAGGGCUGGGUAUUGUUGGACAUUUUGUGAUGCUUGUGCUGGUAAGACACCUGAGUGUGCCCUCUUAAGUUUUUAGUAACAACACCAAAAUGAUACUUUGUCCCAAACCUUACUUUUUAUGUAUAAAUAUUUUUUACUCCAAAACUUUGGUGUCUUUGACAAAAGAAGCCAAAGUUUUCAAAUGUUGAAUGUAGAAACACAAACAGCCAUACAAAAACUUGGCCUAAAUCUGUUCUAAAACUGACAAAGUCUUUAUUUUAAUAAUGUUUUAAUAAUCUGACCAAAGAAUCAGACAGCAUGAUUAUAAAUCUGACCAGACACUCAUGUCAGUUUUCUGUAUUUGACAGUUAUUGAUACUGAAUGAAUGAAUACAUUUUGCUUAGAACAAAAAAAAGAGCAAAGGUUCGAUACCCAGCCCUACUGACUCAUAUCAUUUACCUUCCCCACACCUUAACCCCAUUAUCCUCAUGCAUUUGCUUGCUUCACAAUCCUUCCUCAGUCCUUCCUACUUGCAAAUCGGACACCACUUUCUAAAAUAGCCUUCCUGCCUUUCCCUAACUCUAGUACUCCUUUCACUCCUCCAUCAGCCCUACUCUCUUCCUUUACUCAUUUUUCCUACAGUACACCCUGAAAAUGUAUCUUCCUUCCUUUUCUGCCAAGUCAAUCCCACACCUCUCUUCACCAUUUCUGUCAGUUCCCUUUGCUACAGCUGCUCACUUUUCGCAGCCACUGCUUCUUUUGAUCUAAGUUUAGGAUCUGACCUCCUUCACAAAGAAACACGUUUGUUCUGCUGUGAUGUGUCACAUCUCAAACAAAGCAGAAAAAAAAAGAAUUCAUUUUCUGACAAUGUCCCCUGAUCAUUACAAAUGUUUGAUGAGAAAACUAUUGACCAUUUACAGGAGUGUUGUCCAACUGUUCCUUAAUAAAGAUUGAA